AUGUGCAUCGAGAAUCGUGCGAGCCAUGCGAGGCUCGCCUGUGCCGUCUUGUUCCUUGUGGCGAUUGCUCUGCCGUUCGGGCUCUGCCAAAAUGCCGGGGCACGCGGUGCAGGAUCCGGGGACAGGAUGGGAUCGGAUCGUUCCGGCGACGGGUCGCACACUCUGGCGACCCAUCGGCAGUACAGCCGGGACGCAUCUUUUGAGGGAAUGGAGGCUCUCGAGGAAAACAGAAGGACGCUCUCGUCGCGAGGCGUUAUCAAGGAGCCGGAGGAGACGGAAGCGGAAGCGAAAGCGGAGGCCCGCGGCGAUGAACGCGGGGACAAACACCUCCUUUUGUCGGAAAAUGGUGCGAAAAUUCCGCCUCGGCGAAACGUAAAUGUCACGACCUUGAGCAAGCAGCAAGAAGGUAACUUCGGCAGUCGGACGCGCAAAAAGCGUCGCAGGGGCAAGGACGGGCCUGGGGGUUCCGGUGUCAAGGAUCGCGUGUACGAGAUCACCGAGGACAGUCGUGAGAACGAGAUAACGGGCAAGCGGAAUCGAUCGCCGCGGAGGAGGAACGACCCUUUCUCGAAGUCGCGGCCGAGGAGUCGGGAGGCGCGAAAGUCCCGCGCGGAGCGACGGAGGCGGAAAAAGGACAGGAAGGAGCGAAACAGAGGAAGCGGCAAGGACGCGCGGUGGGGCGACAGGCGGCAGGAUGUCGCGCGACGAUCGUCGAAGCGCAAGAGGAAGACGCACGACGGCCUGAGCGGGCGUGUCCUGCACGAAACGCUCGACCUAGCCGGGACCAGCAACGCGUCCGAGUCGACGUAUGAAAGCCCGUCGAACGUCACUCCCGAGCGCGCCUCGUUGACGGAGGCCGUCGACACGACGACGUCGUCGAGUCUUCAGCGUCGCCCGACGCUCGAGACGACGAGGCGGUUGACGAGAACGACGCCGCGUCGCGGCGUUUAUUCGGGCGACACGGUGGAGAGGGAGUUCUCCAAGCAGCUCGAGAUGGAGAUCUCCAAGUCUGCGUUGAAGGACCCCUCGAUCCUAGACGACGGUAUUUUCGACACCCCUCCGAAGAAAUCGGCCGGACGGAACGCGGGGACGGGUGGCGAGGUCGACGGCAAGAGCGUGGAUCGGGACGCCGCCGUCUCGCCGGAGGGCGAGAAAAUCGAUUUCAAGGGCUCGCAUUACGACGCCGAGAGGAUGCUGGGCUACUCGAGGACCGAGGAGGAUCUGCCGAUUCUGGAUCUGGAGAACGAGGUGCUGGAGAGGACCCUGAAGGACUACAACGCGUACAUGACGUCGCGGCUGAAGCCGUUGUCGUUGCCGCGCCACGAACAGCUGCCGAUCCGUCGCACCUCUCAUCCGCCGCGGAAGCCGAUAAUUAAUUCCGAGGAGAGCGCCGAGGAGACCGGCGACGAAAACGCGGAAGUCACAGGCGUGACGGGAGCGAUGCAGGACGACGGCGGCGGCGGCGGCGGCGGCACGAAAGGGGACUUAUCUUGCAUAAACGGGACGUUCCUACCGGCGCCUCUAUCUCGCCACGCGCUGAUCAAAUAUGUAAAGUCCUCGACCCCGGGCCACGAGUAUUUGGAAGCCGAUUACGAGUGUGUGCCAGGCUUCCGUAUGGUAUCCUCGGCGAGCCGAUUAGUCUGCAGGAAUCGUCAGUGGGUCGGACAGGUGCCAAAGUGCGAGAUCAAGCAAAACCCGAACGGGGUGUGCGCCGAGGCAUCCUGCGAGCACGUUUGCAACGAAAUUAACGGACGUCCCGUCUGUUCCUGCUACGAGGGAUUCAGAUUGGACGGCCGCAAAUGCGUCGACGUCAACGAGUGUCUACUGAACAACGGCCACGGUCCCUGCCAGGACACCUGUCGAAAUCUCGUAGGAGGAUACGAGUGCUCCUGCGAGGGUCUGCAAGACGCGUCGCUGGCCCCCGACAACCACACGUGCGAGCGUGACAGGCACACGGGUCCGUGCAGCGUUAACAACGCCGGGUGCUCCCACACGUGCCUGUCCACGAUGGGCCGAGUGUUUUGCCUGUGCCCCGACGGCUUCAUGCUCGAGGACGACUGGAAGACGUGUCAGGACGUGGACGAAUGCUCGGUGCCGGAUCUUCAGACGGAGCUGUGUCGCUACGGGUGCAUUAACACCCCGGGUUCCUAUCGAUGCGCGGAACCUAUGGAGCUGAAGGAUCAGCCGGUCCUGGACAGCCUGUCCAUCACUUGCCUGCCGGGCUACGAGCAGACCUCCCGCGGAUGCAUCGAUAUCAACGAAUGCGUGGUUGAUAAUGGCGGGUGCAGCGAGGUGUGCGAGAACACCGACGGGAGCUUCUUCUGCGCCUGCGACGGGGACGAGAAAGCCCUGUCAUCCGACGGGAAAUCCUGCGUAGACAUAAAUAGUAUCGCGUGCCUGCCGUUAAAUCCGAUCGAUCGCGGCUAUUUAAUAUGCUCCCGAUCAGCCACGUCCAAGUUGUGGCGCGACAGGCGAAAAGUGCCCAAUCGACCCGGCACGAGGUGUUUCCUCAAGUGCCCCCGUGGGUAUCAGCUUCGCGGUGAGUACGAGUUGACCUGUCGAUCCGACGGCACCUGGGACGGACCGCAGCACGGAAAGUGCGUCAGAUAUAGCAAGCCCCGAUUGGAGUGUCCGAAGGACGUUGUAGCCGAGUUACCGCCGGGCAGGGACGAAGCGUUCGUGACCUUCGAUCAACCGGCGACGGACCUCGAUUGGUUCCGAUACGUGCGAUCGAAGCCGUCCUGGGGCACGCGGCUCGAGGCGAAUCUGGAGCCCGGCGUGCACGAGGUCACGUUUUUCGCGCGUCACCCGGUAUCGAAGAAGCAGGCCAGCUGUGUAUUACGCAUUAUCGUCAAAGGCGGCGAAGCACCGAAAGUCAAAGAUUGUCCGCGGGACAUCGAGGUCGUCGGGAGGAACGGAACGGCGAUCACGUGGACGGAGCCGACCUUCACGGAUAACGUGAAGGUGACGCGGAUCAGCAAUAAUGAGAGCCCGGGUCGUCGCUUCGACGUCGGCGGUCACAGGAUCGAGUACGAGGCGAGCGACGAGGCCGGCUGGUCGAGCAAGUGCGUCUUCGCCGUGGUCCUUCGUCAGGAAUAAACGACGACGAGG